UGCUGCCGCCGCCUCCAACCAAGCGCUACCUCGGCGGAGGGGAGGGCGCCCGCGGCCCGAGCGCGCGGCCCAGCGUCGCGGCGGCGGCUCGUCGUACCCCGGACUCGCCGCGGCGCGAAGCAGCCGGCUCCGGGCCGCGAGAGUCCUGCUCGGCGCCCCGCGCUCGUGCCUGCCGCUCCCGCCUCGGGCCGGCCGCGGCGCCGGGAGCCGGAGCGAUGCUGCGCCGCCCUGCGCCCGCGCUGGCCCCGGCCGCCUGGCUGCUGCUGGCCGGGCUGCUGAGCGGCGGCGGGGUCUGGGCCUCGCGAGUUAACAAGCACAAACCAUGGCUCGAGCCCACCUAUCAUGGCAUAAUCACAGAAAACGAUAAUGCAGUGCUUCUUGACCCUCCUCUGAUUGCCCUGGAUAAAGACGCACCUCUGCGAUUCGCAGGUGAGAUCUGUGGAUUUAAAAUUCACGGGCAGAAUGUCCCCUUUGAUGCAGUGGUAGUGGAUAAGUCCACUGGCGAGGGAAUCAUUCGCUCAAAAGAGAAACUGGACUGUGAGCUGCAGAAAGACUACACAUUCACCAUCCAGGCCUAUGACUGCGGCAAGGGGCCAGACGGCACCAACAUAAAAAAGUCUCAUAAGGCAACUGUCCAUAUUCAGGUGAACGAUGUGAACGAAUACGCACCGGUGUUCAAGGAGAAGUCCUACAAGGCGACUGUCAUCGAGGGCAAACAGUAUGACAGCAUCUUGCGGGUGGAGGCUGUGGACGCAGAUUGCUCCCCUCAGUUCAGCCAGAUUUGCAGCUAUGAAAUCGUCACUCCAGAUGUGCCAUUCGCCAUCGACAAAGACGGUUAUAUAAAAAACACAGAGAAGCUGAACUACGGGAAGGAGCACCAGUACAAGCUGACGGUCACCGCCUAUGACUGUGGGAAGCGGAGAGCAGCAGCAGAUGUCGUGGUGAAGGUCAGCAUCAAGCCCACCUGCACCCCGGGGUGGCAAGGAUGGAACAAUAGGAUCGAGUAUGAGCCUGGCACGGGCACCUUGGCCCUCUUCCCCAGUGUCCACCUGGAGACAUGUGAUGAAUCCGUGGCCUCGGUGCAGGCGACGGUGGAGCUAGAGACCGGCCACAUCGGGAAAGGCUGUGACCGGGACACCUAUUCUGAGAAGUCCCUUCACCAACUGUGUGGUGCUGCGUCUGGCACUGCUGAGCUGCUCCCUUCCCCGAGCGGGUCCUCGAACUGGACUGUGGGCCUCCCCACUGACAAUGGCCAUGACAGUGACCAGGUCUUCGAGUUCAAUGGCACACAAGCAGUGAGGAUCCCAGAUGGCAUUGUCUCGGUCAACCCGAAAGAGCCUUUUACCAUUUCUGUGUGGAUGAGGCACGGCCCUUUUGGCAGGAAGGAGACGAUUCUCUGUAGUUCAGACAAAACAGACAUGAACCGACACCAUUAUUCACUCUAUGUCCACGGCUGCCGGCUUAUUUUCCUCCUCCGCCAGGAUCCUUUGGAAGAGAAGAAGUACAAACCUGCAGAAUUCCACUGGAAGUUGAAUCAGGUCUGUGAUGAGGAGUGGCAUCACUACGUCCUCAACGUGGAAUUCCCAAGCGUGACUCUCUAUGUGGACGGAGUUUCUCAUGAGCCCUUCUCUGUGACCGAAGAUUACCCGCUUCAUCCAUCCAAGAUCAAAACUCAGCUCGUGGUUGGGGCCUGCUGGCAAGGUGGUGAGCUGCACAUGACCCAGUUUUUCCGAGGUAACCUGGCCGGCCUGACCGUCCGUUCCGGGAAACUCGCUGACAAGAAGGUGAUCGACUGUCUUUAUACCUGCAAAGAAGGGCUGGACCUGCAGGUCCCCGAAGACAGCGGCAGAGGCGUGGAGAUCCAUACGAACCCCAGUCAGUUGGCGUUGACCUUGGAGGGAGAUGACAUCGGGGAGCUGGAUAAGGCCAUGCAGCACGUUUCCUACCUGAACUCCCGGCAGUUCCCCACACCGGGGAUCCGAAGACUCAAAAUCACCAGCACGGUCAAGUGUUUCGACGAGGCCCCCUGCAUCUCCGUGCCCCCGGUGGACGGUUACGUGACGGUGCUGCAGCCCGAGGAGCCCAAGAUCAGCCUCAGUGGCGUCCACCAUUUCGCUCGAGCGGCUUCUGAAUUUGAAAGCCCAGAAGGGGUUUUCCUUUUCCCUGAGCUUCGGAUCAUCAGCACCAUCACGAGAGAAGUGGAGCCUGAAGGGGAAGGAGAUGAGGACCCCACAGUCCAAGAGUCGCUGGUGUCCGAGGAGAUCGUGCAUGACCUGGAUACCUGUGAGGUCACAGUGGACGGGGACGAGCUGAACCCGGCCCAGGAGAGCCUGGAGGUGGACACGGCCCGCCUGCAGCAGAAGGGCAUUGCAGUGAGCGCCUCCGACCUGGGCAUGGUCUUCACAGGUGUGGACACCAUGGCCAGCUACGAGGAGGCGCUGCGCCUCCUGCGCUAUCGGAACUGGCACACCAGGUCUCUGCUCGACCGGAAGUUCAAGCUCGUCUGCUCGGAGCUGAAUGGCCGCUACGUCAGCAACGAGUUUCAGGUGGAGGUGAACGUCAUCCACACGGCCAACCCCAUGGAGCACGCCAGCCACAUGGCCGCACAGCCCCAGUUUGUCUACCCGGAGCACCAUGCCUUCGUCGACCUCUCGGGUCACAACCUGGCCAGCCCCCAUCCCUUUGCAGUUGUCCCCAGCACCGCCACGGUGGUGAUAGUGGUGUGCGUUAGCUUCCUGGUCUUCAUGAUUAUCCUGGGCGUGUUCCGGAUCCGGGUCGCUCACCAGCGAACCAUGCGGGACCAGGACGCCGGGAAGGAGAACGAGAUGGAUUGGGACGACUCUGCCUUGACCAUCACCGUAAACCCCAUGGAGACGUACGCGGACCAGCACGGCGCCGAGGAGGGGGAGGAGGAGGAGGAGGAGGAGGAGGAGAGCGAGGAGGGGGAGGACGACGACGACAUCACCAGCGCCGAGUCCGAGAGCAGCGAGGACGAGGAGGGCGGGCACGGGGACCCGCGGAACGUGAGCAGGCAGCAGCAGCUGGAGUGGGACGACUCCACCCUCAGCUACUGAGCCGCCCAGCCGCCGCCGCCCUGUGUCCUCCCAGGCCCGAGGGUCCGCGGUGGACAAAGUCAUUCCGGCCCGUAGGCCCGCAGAGCCUCCCCGUCGCCGCCCGCCCGCCCGCCCGCCCGUGCUUGGCGCGUAGGCCCCCCGCCCUCCACCCAGACCGCCCUUAAGUUAUGUGAGGAGCUGACGCUCGCCGCCCACGGCUCGCUCUGCGCCGCCCCCUCGCGCCUCCAGAAAAGCUGCAGUGAACGGACUCGUUGACAAAGGGUUAAAAUCGCUCACUCCCACCUCGUAAUCUGGUUUUUUCUUUUCUUUUUUUUUUUAAAGGUUUUAUUUUUUCCAAACUAGUGCAUGUAUAAAAUGGCAGGAUGGGGGUUAAUAUGUAGAUGAUGAACUGACUUUUUAAUAUUUUGUAAAUAAAUUGCGGUUCCUCAUGUCCUCCGUGCUAGCGUGACCCAGGACUGGCAUGCAAAGUGAAGCCUGAAACACAGCGUAGGAGAGACCCCGCGGGCUCCUGCCUCAUCCCCCACCCCGAGAGGAGAGGGACCUGCCCUGCUCGGGCCUUGCUGGGUGCACCCCCUCGGUGGGUGGGCCAGACAGUGAGGGGGAAUGGACUUGCGCCCACCCCCCAGCUCAGCAGGAGGGCAGCAGGUCGGGACCCCUCUCUGGAGGCUGGACACGGCCAGGCCUUUGCUUUCGGAUUCUACCCAUUUCUGAUCCGGCAGAGGGCUGGGGGUGCCGGGGUCCCUGGCCUCUUUCACACACUCCUCCGAUGACUGGCAGCUCCUUGCGCAGGAAGCUGGACUCCUCGUGCGCAGCCUUGGGUUCCUACCUACUAGAUGUCCGUUGCCCUGCUGGUGAGUGUGCGUACGGACGGUGCAAAGCGUCUGGCCACUUGGCUGGAGACAGAACCGGCCCGAGUGGCCCGUACCCAGGACGUCCGAGGACACACGCACUGCAAGGACGCCCUGUGGCCGGAAGGCAAAGUGCUAGCUUCCCCCCCACAACAGCCCCAGAGGUAAGCCCCCUCCCCAGGAGUGGGGAGCCCUGCUGCUCAGCCUGGUGGGGGAGGAAAAGGAGAGGUCACGUCCCGAGCUAAAACCCCUAUGGCACUUUGUUUUUAAUUUACAUGUAAAAUUUUAGAUUUCUAAAACUGGGGGAAAAUCAUUUUGAGUCCUGUUCUGUGAUCAUGACUGCUAGUCGCGAGGACACUGCGGCUGUCCUGCGUUGUGUGUGGCCGUCCUCCGCGUACUGUCACUGUACCUGCCCCGUGUAGACAAUGAUAGAGGCUGAGCCGCUUUCCGGAUGUGUAUAUUGAUGAGGCCAGAACGUGUAUACACUACAAUAAAGUGCUGGUUCUAACCCCA